CCGGCGAACCCGGCAGCGAUUGGAAUCAUAUACGAAACCAAAACAGUGCCAAUGGACGGGUCGGUACGGGAAACAUGGUCGCCAUAGACAUGCAAAAUGCUGGAAAAAUAAAAUUCGAUCCACCCAAAGUGCCAGUGAUAUUUGUUUUAGGCGGCCCAGGUAGUGGCAAAGUGACGCACUGUGACACAUUUAUGCAGGAGCGCCGCGGUGUGACACACAUAAAUAUGAUGGAUUUGUUGCAACAGUAUGCAAUGGGAAACGAUAUGCAGGACUUUUCGCAACUAUCCUCAAAAACCGUCACAGAGGUGCUCAUGCUGGAAAUGAAAAUGGCUCCAGCUGCCAAAGCGUACCUAAUUUCGGGAUUUCCACGCUCAAUGCGCGACGUCGUCGAAUAUUCGGAAAAGAUUCAAGUCGUAAAUGGAGUAAUUUUGAUAUCCUGGCGCCAGUCGGUUCUGCAAAAGCAAAUUGAUUAUGGCGCGAAAUUAGGUCAUGUCGUACUCUCCUUAGCCAAAAUGGAAUUAGAAAAUUUCUUUAAAAAUGUGAUGCCUGUUGCAGAUUACUUCGAUCAAAGUGAUAUGCUAAUAGCUGUGAAUGGUGAGCGUGCACCUGCCGAAGUAUACAAGGACUUUCGCACUGCUGUACUCGACAUAUUGAGCACGCUUGAAAAUGAAGAGGCCAUGCUAAAUGGAGUUACAGGUAUGGGCAGAGGGAUAAAUGAUAUACCCGGCAGUAUUGUUAGCGUAGACACCGCACCUAGUCAAGCCGCGAAUAUUACAGACAUUUCGAAUGCCAACGCAAACAAAACUGUCUUUUCUGCUGCCAACACCAACCACGACAACAAUAGAAACUUCUAUAAUAACAAUGGGGGCGAUCCGAGCGUAGCGAAUGCUGUGGGCGCACACAUUGUAUCGAGUGCCAUUGCUGCUGCCGCGACUGCAGGAAUGAAAGAUGCCGAAGUCAUCACCAUACAGACCGAACCGGUGGCCACCAAUAACGCUGCAACAAGCAUGGACCUCAAGAUGGACAAUAUACCAUCAGUUAUUUGGAUUAUCGGUGGACCAGGUAGCAAUAAGGCAACACUUUGUAUGAAGGCUGUAAGCUUGAAUCCUGGUUGGGGACACAUAAGCAUGGGACGAUUAUUGCGCACCAUAACCGAUUCGGCCCCACGUGCCAACACAGAGAACUAUACUGUCAAAGAAGCGCUAUCGGCUGGUGAAAUGGUGCCGGAGAAGGCGAUUAGCAACAUUCUCGAAGCGAAUAUUCGACAAAUGUUGGAUCGCAAGGGCAUACUCAUCGACGGUUAUCCGCGAAAUUUGCAACAAGUCAAACAUUUUGAAAACAAGUACAAACAAAGACCGCCCAUCGUGCUUCUGGAUUGUUCGAAACUGCAAUUGGGACGUGGGCGCGUCGACGAUACCGUCUCUUCGUUUCGACGCCGAUUAGAACUGUUUCGUGAACAGACUUUGCCUAUGCUGAAAGCUAUGGACAAUGAUAGUCGUCUGCAAAUUGUCGAUGGCGAUACGGACAGCCCUUCAGUGCAGCGCGAAUUCGAAAAAAUUAUACGCCAUCAUAUACAAAACAUCCAGCAGAAUGGAAUACGACUGGCAGGCAAUAUGAUCGAUGCUGGCAUGAUGACCAAUCAUGUGAACCAAAAUCAAACCAAUGCAAUUUUACAAGAUUUGGAAAAUAAUGUUCCAGGUGCAGUGCCAACGAUCAGCAAACAUGUAUCACUAAUGAAUGGACACUUAAAACAACGAAAUAACAGUGGCACCAUUAACUUGAAUAAUAAUCACCAGGCUAUGAAUGGUGAUGUACGCAUUGCUGGAAUGACGGGUGGCAUCGAUUUUAGACACAUGCUCGAGGAGGCUGAAAGAUAUCCUGUAGAUUCCUAUAUGUAAGAAGGGCGGGGGUGACUUUGCAGUCACAGUGAUUUUCAUCCGUGACUGUGACAAAGACAGUUACAAAAAAGUUGGAAACAGGAACCUUUUACCGAGUGAACUAAGAGCAUAAUUUAUUUAUUUGACAUCACUGACUAUUUUCAUCGCUUGUUUUUGUCAUACACACUCGUUUUUAAUGAUGUGAAAUUCUAAUAUACAUAAAACAACAUUAAUCAGAAUUUAGUCUUAAAUAACUGGUCGCAGUUUCUCGAUAUGUAAUUGUCAAUGCUACUUUAUCACAGUCACAGUUCGUAGUAGUGGCUGUAACUGUUAAGCUGAUGGCAGAUAAAACUUUGUGGCUUUGCCUGACAUUUAUAAUUUUGCCAGCAAAGUGCCAGACGCAAAAGUUAUACCACAAUGAACGCCAAGAAAACAAUUUUUUACUGCUGUUUUGCUCGUCAAAAUUGCUGUGGAUUUUAUAUAUUUAGCUUUGAAAAUAUCAGUAAUGCAAUUAAAUUUCAUGUUUCUGCAUGAAAACUCGAAUUUAGACGAAACAAAAUAAAUAUUAAGCCGGCUGAUUGUCAACGCGCGCAAAAAAUGGGAGUUGGCCAACUUUUCGCUUCGCGCUGCAGUUGCAACGAUCUAUGUGGCAUGUUUUGUGCGUUCUCAUACAAUUCAUCAAUCGCGCAAUCCUACUAUAAAAACAUCACUGCGACUGUUCUUUUGUCACAGUAUGUCACGGUGACUUUUUGGAAGUUGUCACAGCAGUUAACAGUGACUUUUGAGUAACCGUGACAAAGUCCAAAUAUACCACAAAUACCAUUUCUCAGUACUGUACCUAAAUGCCUCAAGAGGUAUGUAUGCAUCAUGAGAGCCUUAGAUUAUAUGGCCGAAUCCGGCUCUGAUUUUCCAUUAAAUGAAAUUUUUUCUGUCAGUACGGCACUUAUAAAAUAAAUCUCCAUAACAAAUUUC